GCCGUCUCUUCAUAAAUGGAUGCUGGACCAGCGAGCUAGUAAUCUGCCUAUGUUAGCAUAGCAUCGCCUCAGUAAGUUCUGUAACCAGGACAAGCAUAUUUUUGUUGAACGGACUGCCUUUGAAAUGGCUGAACCGGAGCUUCUCUUGGACUCAAAUAUCAGACUUUGGGUUGUCUUGCCCAUUGUCUUUAUCACUUUCCUUGUUGGGGUGAUACGUCAUUAUGUAUCCAUUCUGCUUCAGAGUGACAAGAAGUUGACAUUAGAGCAGGUGUCCGACAGCCAGGUUCUCAUUAGGAGCAGAAUCCUCAGAGAGAAUGGAAAAUACAUUCCGAAACAGUCUUUCUUGAUGAGGAAGUUUUACUUCAAUAAUCAAGAAGAUGGAUUCUUCAAAAAGACCAAAAGGAAGGUUGUCCCCCCCUCCCCAAUGACAGACCCCAGCAUGCUGACAGACAUGAUGAAAGGCAAUGUGACUAAUGUGCUUCCCAUGAUCCUCAUUGGAGGCUGGAUCAACUGGACCUUCUCUGGCUUUGUCACAACUAAGGUUCCUUUUCCUUUGACCCUGCGCUUCAAGCCCAUGUUGCAACAAGGAAUCGAGUUACUCUCACUUGAUGCUUCCUGGGUGAGCUCAGCAUCGUGGUAUUUCCUGAAUGUGUUUGGGCUGCGAAGCAUGUACUCCUUAAUUCUAGGACAAGACAAUGGCGCAGACCAGUCUAGGAUCAUGCAAGAGCAGAUGAGUGGUGCUGCCAUGGCCAUGCCUGCAGACACCAACAAAGCCUUUAAGGCUGAGUGGGAGGCACUUGAGCUAACGGACCACCAGUGGGCGCUGGAGAGUGUUGAGGAAGAGCUGAUGAGUAGGGAACUAGACUUGGAUGGAAUGUUCAGCAGGGAGUUACCAACGGGUAUCUUCUGAUUGCUAGUUUUACUGCAAAGAAUCUGCUGCAGGGCAGAAAUUGAGUUUUACAAUUCCUGAUUUGGAGUUCCUCUGGAACAUUAUUUAGAAAUUGGAAUAAGCUGAGCUUUGGAAUUAAAUGGAGGUCUGAUUUUGACAUUAAUUUCAGUGCCAUCACUGUCCAUUCCAAUGUAGAAAUUAAUAUUAGAUUAACAUAAAACAUUAAAGUACCAAGAUCAAUUAAUGUAUUGAAAUUUGAAGAUUCAAGUAUGUAAAAUGUAUGAGAAAAAGAUAGUAUAGGAAUGAGAAAUUUUUUGAAAUGUUUUACUGUUAAAAUCUAAACAACAUGUCAAUGAGCAUACAAGGUCAAUGUGUUUUGUACCACCACUUUUUUCAAAUCUUGUUUUUUGUUUUAUGAGAUUACACCUUCCUGCCAUCAGUUUUUAUUUUAUUUAUACUUGUUUGUUAUUUGUGAGCUUUUUAUUUUAUUUUUAAGAACAUAACUAGUCAUGUUCAAUGAAUUGAAUAACCGACCAUGUGAAUAAUGCAUUUAAAAUCAAGGAUUAUGACACUAGUUUGAUAAUGUAUUUCCAUGUUGAUCUUUUUAAAUAAAUGGUGUAACGGUUCACUAAAAACAUGGUAGGCCUAAGCUGCUGAGUAAAACCCUGUUGUUAAGCUUAGUUGGGUUACACAUGAUGUAAAGGACAGGUCAUCAGGAAUUCCUCUGAGAUAAUGAGACUGAUCUAAGUUAACAGAAGAACUUGAGAAAUGUAAGGCAACUUAACAACAUUGCAUCAUUCCCCUCUCAGUUGUGUGCAGCAUUAUCAGAUUUGUGAUAUUUGGUGAAUCUAGGAAUUGGGUGCAAGAAAUCUACUGUAUCAUUUUAUUUAUUUCAAUUUAUUUUGUAACAUUUCCUUGUGUUUUGUAUAAAGACUGUUUUGACAAAU